AUGUAUUUUGCAUUGCUAUUGGUUGGAAUAGUAAAAGUGAUGGCUGACAAUUUCGGAUUCAUCGUGCAAUCAGGAGAGCAGCAGUGUCUCCAGGAUCAAUUGUUGAAGGGAUAGAUGAUGGCAUUAUAGAUAAUUGCUAACUCGACAGAAUUCGAGUUCACACAAGGCCAAAAAGACCCCUAGUAGAUUGAGUCCCGUAAAAACGAGAUCCUCAUCAAGUACACUUUGACUAUGUGGAGCAAUGAAUACCUGAAAUAUUGCUUUAGAGUCUUCGGAUCGAAAAACGCUAAGUUCGACAUCACUUAUAAGAAAGGCGAUGAAACUGUGGAUCGAGAGCAGAUGGCCAACAAGGAAGAUCUGGAUUUGAUUGAUGGCUAUUUAAAGCAAUUGGAUCGAGUUUACGCUUAGAUGAAGGAUUUGAAUAGAUUCCAAAAGGGUUCACAGGAGAACAAUCAAGGCUUGGGAGAAACCUUGGGAUUGUAGAUGACCACCUUUACUAUGCUAACCUUGCUAACUCUGUGCAUAUCUACAUAUGUAAUGGUGAAACAAAUCAAAGUGACAAUAAGAAAAUAAAAAGAAAAAUGAUAUAUUUUUAAAUAAGUAUGCUCCUGUUAUUUAUUUUCUUAA